UGUCUUUAUAUUAGUAUAACAGUAUGCGUAUUGACAAUGGCGGUGAUGUUUGCAAUGAAAUUUGCUCCGUGCUGUCCCUGUUGUUAAAAAAUGUUACCCAGUUGUCAUACAAUUUGUUUUAUUUGUCAAAUAAAGUCAAAUUUGUAAAAUUCUUAGUUAAACUAUGAAUAAUCAAACUAUGGAAGAUCGAUGUGAAAAACCAAGUCUUGUGCCGCCCAUUGUGCCAGAUACUGCAUACUAUGACUAUCAUAUUUCGCGAAUGGUAAGAAAAGUCGCCCCACCACCUGAUGAAGAUGAUAAUGAAGCACUUCAAAGAAUUCUUGAUGAAUUUGAUAGGUGCGAUAUAGUUCCUGCAACUGUGCAGGAGUAUGUUACUUUUGUUGGACCAUAUACCCGAGAUGAAGGUGCAACCAUGAGAGUUGUAAUGGAAGAAGAACUCAGCCAUUUCGAACGGCUCCAAAACGAAGUGUACAAGCCACUUCUUGACGAUACAGCUGACGUAUUGAUGAAUGAGGAUCUUCAAAGGGCUAAAAAAUACGCUGACGAAGAAACGGCAGUCAACAACGAAAUCUUGGACAUGGUCAGCCAGAUUUACAGGAUGAUCCCCGAAUUUGAUUUCAAGGAAUUUUUCACUAACCCACCAGGAUAUCUUGCUGAAGUUUUACCAUUUCCGGAAAUCAAAAACGAUUCGAGCGAUAUAAAAAUGCAAGCCCUAUAUCACCGUUUCCGCUGGAUGAGUACCGAGCUCUCCCGAUUAGAAAUCGAAAAUAGUGAAAUGGAAGGCAAACUGAACGAACUAAAGACAUCGCUGAGAAAGCAACGACAAAAAACUUCGAAAGCUAUCGACCAGGCCGACCAUAAGCGGCAAUGUCUCAUAAACAAAGAGUCGGAGCUUAAGGCGGUCUUGAACGAUACGACCAGAAAGAUCGCUGAUAUCGAAGUUAAGAUGACGGCUAAGGAACGUGAGUACGGUGCAGAGGAUGCUUGGGAAAUUGCCUACGAGGCCAAGAGAGAAAAGGAAGCAUCUAAACACUUGACCAUAGAGGAAUCUUCGGAUGAAAGUGAGGAAUGUGAAUGUGGCGGGUUCCAAGAGUAAAAAGGCAAUCAGGUGUAAUGGUACAAAAUUAUAUAUAAACUUGCUAAUAUACUUUUAAUACACAACAUUAUGUUUUAUUUAUG